AUGCGCUUGGGCGAGCGCCUGAAGUUCUGGAAUAGCUCCUAUCAGCCCAUCGUCUCCCAGGACAAAGACACCUUUAUCCGGCGCUACAAGAAAACGGAGAGGUCGCUGACCAUCGUGGGGCAGGACAUCCAGCGGUACAAGGAUGUCCAGAGCGACAUCCAGCAAGAGGAGCCCAAGGUGGUCAUCGACUUCAUCGAGACGGACUUCCAGCCGCUGAAGAACGCGCUGGUGGACCAUUGCCAGCAGUGGCAGAAGAAGCUCACGGACCUCCUCAACGAGAACGCGCGUACGGAGAUGAACCGGCUCCUGGAGUACUUCGACAACAACACCAAGACCUUCCACUCCGAGAUCAACGACAUGGACGAGCUCAAAACCCGGAUCGCGCUGCUGGACCAGUGCCGCGCAGACGACGCGGAGAUGGAGCAGAAGAUCGAGCCCAUCGAGGCCAAGUACCUCAAGCUCGCGGAGUUUGAGGUGGUGCCCUCAGACGAGGAGAUGCAGCGCAAGGCGCAGAUGCGGCCGCAGAUGGAGACCUUCCGCGAGACCUUGGUGGAGGCGGAGAUGCGCAUCAGCAAGUCCAAGAAGCAGAUGAAAGCCGGCCUGGAGCAAGAUCUCGCCGGCUUCGGCCAGGGCAUCCGGGACGUGAAAACGGACUUCGGCCGGCACGCGCCGUACAAGAGCGACACUUUGACGCCGGACGGCGCCUUCAACAUGCUGCAGACCUACCGGAAUCAGAUCGAGGCCAAGAGGAAGAUGGAGUCGGAGUUCCGGCCGAAGCAAGAGCUCUUUGGCAUCGAGCCGGCCAACUACAAGGAGUUAGACUGGGUGGAGCAGGAGAUCGAGAAGCUUACGAUGGUCUGGGACAUCCGAAAUGGCUGGAACAAGGAAUGGGACAAGCUGAGAUCCGGAUCCUUCCAGUCUCUGAGAAUACCGACGACAUGGAUGAGCUCGCCAUGCAGUUCCUGGGCCGGAUGCGCAAGGUCCUUGGCAAGGACAAGAACGUUCAGAACUGGCAAGUCUAUCAAGACCUGA